UGUGGCUUAAGCCUGGUGCGGUGGUGGAAAACACACACACACACACACACACAAUAGCUCGUACGCAGUUUGAAAAUUUAUAAGCCGUUACCCCGUGUGCCCACCCUAAUUUGAUUAUGUUUGUCCAAAUCCAACCCGGUUAGCGACUCAAAGCCAGUCACCAGUGAGGCAGUCCAACUGGAUCUGAUGUUGGUCAUGGGUUUAUACCCGGUCCGACUGGAAGGCACUAUAUGACAGCCUUAGAUCCUUGAAGAAUUCUGUCUAAUUUUGUCUUACCAGGAGCCCAAGGAUAUGAGAUCUUCAACUGAGAUCUCGGUCCGGAUGAUCCUCACCUCUUACAUAUGAUGCCUUGCGCCGGCGUGGAGUUGCAAGUGUGUCGCAGACGGUCAGCUCGUGACAACUAGAGUGGCUAUGCUGCUGAAAGGGUGAAAGUGGUAGGCGCUUUCCUUGGGAUUAUACGAGUAUGUCGGUCCCAACUACCUCACAGGAAGAGGUUGAGGUACUAGUUGGGGAGGAGGAUCUCUAUGAUGGAGUCACUGUUACGAUCAAGGAGCAGAUCGAUGUUGGUGUUUUUGUAGCAAAACUUAGAGCAUCGCUAACCAAAUGGAAGGAACAGAGGAAGAAAGGAAUCUGGCUUAACAUUCCAUGCGACUGUGCGAAGCUUGUUCCUGCAGCCAUUGAGGAAGGAUUUCGGUACCACCAUGCAGAGCCCACCUAUUUAAUGCUUGUAAAGUGGCUCCCUGACACUCCAAAUGUUCUGCCUAUAUAUGCUACACACCGACUUGGUAUCGGCGCUGUUGUCAUUAACAACAAAAAGGAGGUUCUAGUGGUCCAAGAAAAGGCUGGCUAUUUCAAGGGUUCUGGUGUUUGGAAACUUCCUACUGGUGUUGUUGAAGAGGGGGAGGAUAUAUCUACUGGGGCUAAAAGAGAAGUGAUGGAAGAAACAGGGAUUGAGGCUGAGUUUGUGGAAAUUCUUGGAUUCAGAGAAAGUCACAAAGCCCAUUUCAACAAAAAGUCUGAUCUCUUCUUCGUAUGUAUGUUGGAGCCCAAGACAUAUGCUAUCGUGAAGCAAGACUCUGAAAUUGCAGAUGCUCAGUGGAUGCCAGUUGAGGAAUAUGCUUCGCAACCCUAUGUCCAGAAGCACGAGUCCUUGAACAUUGUUGCUAACAUGGUCCUGGCAAAGACUAAUAGCAGCUACAGAGGAUUUGGGGUUACCAGUCCCUCGUCCAGCUCCUCUACCAAAAAACACAACUUCUACCUCAACAACAGCACAGAAAACUGAUUCAUGAUCAGUCCUCCCUGUAGUUGACAAAUUUUUUCUUCAAGAUGAUACAGUUUUUAAAUCAGUCCUUGUGCUCCUUGAUGUUGUAUGUUGUGGAGCGUAAACGAAUGGUGCUUGCAUGAUGGUAUGGUCGUGGCAUGCUUUAACAUAAAAUGCAUUCAUAUUUGGGAUAAA